GAACGUUGCGAGUGCGAACACGUGAGGCGAAGAAACGAAAGACAUGACACGUAUAUGGGCGAGACUAAAAACCGAGUGUUGAGCAUGGGUGGGCCCACUUUCACUCCCACUUCUCUAAGUUCCCCUAAUCGGAUGGAUUUGAAGGAGCUCAAAAUGGGACAAACCGAUAAAUACCCACCUACAAAGGUAUAUGUUGGGAGGAAGUUACAUGAGCAGCAGGGUAUCUGCUCUACAAUAAAGGAUGAUGAGGAAUGUGAGUAA